AUGUAUUGGCUUCAGCUAUUCUUCCUCCACCCUGUAUUAUUUUAUCAAGGAGUAACUUUCCCAUUUGCUCUUUUGUUUAAUUAUCUCUGCAAUUUGGAUUCCUUUUCUAUUGGUGCCAGGUAUCUCUUCCUCCUGGUGGGAGGAGGCAUCCUGGCUAUGGCUGCUCUGGGUUCCCUUGCAGGGCUUGUCUUCAUUCCUGUUGUGGGUGCUGUCAUUCUGAUUUCCUCACUCAGCCCACAGGAGGUUGAUAAACCCGUGUUCUUCCUGCAGAUGAGCUGGCAGACCUUGUGUCACUUGGGGCUUCACUACACUGAAUAUUACCUGCAGGAAACUCCCUCUUCCAGGUUCUGUAUGACCCUUUCUGCCCUCAUGCUUUUGACACAGAGGGCCACAUCCCUCUCACUUGACAUUUGUGAGGGGAAAGUGGAGAUGGUACAGAGAAACACAAGAAGUAGGCGCUCAUGGUGGGCGCGUCUAUGUGCGGUGCUGCCCUGUUUCAGCUACUUGCUCUUCUUCCCUGCUCUCCUAGGAGGCCCUCUGUGCUCCUUCCAGAGAUUUCAAGCUUUUGUGCAAGGGUCCAUCAGGGUGGGUUGGGUACACUGUUUCUGGGCUCUGGCCUGGAGAGGUGUGCAGAUCCUGGGACUGGAGUGCCUGAAGGUGGUGCUGAGGGAGGCCUUAAGUGCCUGUGAGGGAUUGGCUGGCUGCCAACAGGUCCAGUGCAUCUUGGUCAUGUGGUCCACAGCCAGCCUCCUCAAACUCACCUACUACUCCCACUGGCUCCUGGACGAAUGCCUCCUCCGAGCUGCAGGCUUCACGGCUGACCUUGACCAGAGCCUUGCGGAAAAGGAAUCUGUCUCUGAUGCAGACAUUUGGAUUCUGGAAACAACCCACAGGAUCUCACUGUUCGCCAGGAAGUGGAAUCACAGCACCGCUCAGUGGCUGCGGCGCCUCAUAUUCCAGUCCAGCCGGGCCUGGCCUCUGUGGCAGACCUUCACCUUUUCGGCCUGGUGGCACGGUCUCCACCCCGGCCAAGUGUUUGGGUUCCUCUGCUGGGCUCUCAUGGUGGAAGCUGACUACCGGAUUCACGCCUUUGCCCAUCUCUUCAUGCGAUACUGGCCAAUAAGGCUGCUCUACAGAAGUGUGACCUGGCUCUACACCCAGCUCAUUAUUGCCUAUAUAAUGCUGGCGGUGGAGGGGAGAAGCCUCUCCUCUCUCUGGUUGCUGUGGAAUUCUUAUUGCAGUAUCUUUCCCAUGACAUACUGUAUUUUGUUCUUUCUGUUGCCAAAGAGAAAGCACAAAGGUAACUGA